AUGGGCCGACAUACGUUGAGUAAUAUAGAAAUAAAUACUUUACAAUGUGUUAUUAUGCUAAAUACAAUCAAUGAAAAAAUUUUUUGUAUUCUUUGGUAUUGGAUAUUUCUAGUAAGUCGUUUUUUUUUUUAUCAAAAAUUUCAAUUUUAA